GAAAAUUGUUUUCAGAUUUCACAACAAAACUGACAUCAAAUUGAAAUACUAUUAAUUGAAUGAAUGACUCAUAGAUUGUUGUCAUUUGAUUGUUGUGUUGUUGUUGUGAUUGUGAGUCAAACAACAGUUUGAUUGUAAUUAUUGUAAUCAUCAGUCAAAACGAGAGACCAGCAGAUAGUUUGUCCGUUGAAUAAGAUUAUCACUUGAAUUGAUCCACAAAAUGGAGAAGCACUUAUUUAAUUUGAAAUUUGCGUCCAAAGAGUUGGAACGGAACUCACGAAAGAGUGAAAAGGACGAGAAGACUGAGAAACUGAAGCUCAAGAAAGCCAUUGAAAAGGGUAACUUAGAAGGCGCUCGAAUUCACGCCGAAAAUGCCAUUCGCCAGAAGAAUCAGGCGUUAAAUUACCUGCGAAUGUCUGCCCGAAUCGAUGCCGUGGCCUCUCGCGUACAGACAGCAGUUACCACCAAACGAGUCACACAAUCACUGGGCGGCGUCACCAAAGCCAUGGACUCGGCCAUGAAGUCAAUGAAUUUGGAGAAGAUAUCACAGAUUAUGGAUAAGUUUGAGAAACAAUUUGAAGACCUCGACGUCCAGACACAGACUAUGGAGAGCGCUAUGUCGUCCACCACUACUAUUACUGCACCUGAGAAUCAAGUGGACCAACUUAUGCAACAAGUGGCAGACGAAGCCGGUCUCGAGUUAAAUAUGGCACUUCCUUCUGGAGAAGUCGGUUCCAUUGGAACAGCGACGGCCGCGUCUACAGAACAGGACGACCUAUCGAAACGUUUGGCACAACUGAGACAAAUGUGAAGAAGUUAUUUGAUUGUUAAACAUUCUGUUUCAGUAUUGGUUUAGAAAAGUUAUUUGUAUUAUAAAAAUCUAUGAUUUGAAUAUAUUUACGGUAAUCAU